AUGUCCAUGAAACCAGACGGUAGCAUCCACAAGGGUUCAGCAACUCUGGGGCGUAGAUUUAAGAAGUUUUUCACUCCCCCAAAGGCUGAUAAAACAAUGCCGGCACCACGCAUAUGGCCGCAUGAAAGUGACCCAGAAGAGGAUCUAUCUUUUUGUAUAAAACGAUCACCGUUGGAUGAGAAUAUUGCUAAAUUACAGUCUGCUGAGAAACGAGUGUUUGUAUCUCUAAACUUUUUUAACACUACUAUUCAGAAGAAAAUACUGAGCAUGUUGGCUGGAUCUGCCACUGAUCUCUUGAAUGAAGUUAUAGAUUUAUUCAGUGAGCUCAGUCACCUCAGCAUAUGUCCAUACAGUGAGCAAAGUUCUACAUUGAUGUCAAGUCAUAAUCAAGUGUACCAAAGUCUUGCCGCUCUCAUAAGGUGGUCUGAUUAUCUACUGAUCCACGAUCAGAUCAACGAAGAUAAAGCGUGCCUUAAUGACAUCACAGAGGCUGUCAAAAAUGGCAUUAAAAAUCUGGUGAAGUUGUCAAUUCAGAAGUUAAAAGACAAAGAUAAGGAGUCCAAGAAAGGGCCACACAGCUCAAACACAUUGAAAGUUGAAAACAGCAACCGACAACAUCGUACAUCGCUUCCUGAAAUACCUCUCUCACCCAAAGAAAAGGAAAUUCUUGAAUCCACUGCCCCGCUCUCUCAGUCUACAGACGAUUUAGUUGUACAUACUGACGACACUCCGCCUCCUAAACCACCUUUACCAAACGAUAGGUGGUCACAUCCUAAUAUUCUUUCUGAUGGGAAUACGAUUGCGGUUAUACCUCCAGAUUUACCAAGCAAGAAGAGACUUUCUGUGCCACUUAUAACAAGUGCAUCCUUAACACCGCCACAUAGUCCACAAAAUUUAACCAAAAUUAAUGGUUAUCCAUCACCAUAUGACAAUAUUCAACGACUGCAUUAUGGUCCCCAUGUUAGGACCAUAAAUACUGGACAACCUGUGGUGCCUAAUUCAACUAGUUUUGAUAAUGUGGAUGGGGACUACGCUGAUCUUGAUCCAAGUUACAGUCCUCAAAGUGUUCAACACGGCAGCCGUAAGAUGCAUGUUGUGGAAGAGAGUAGAUACCAGAUGAACCAGUGUAGUGUCGAGAUAAAAGAGAGCAGUAGUUGCCAAAUGAACAGGAGUAGUAGUUGCCAGAUAAAACAGAGUAGUAGUUACCAGAGCACAAUGCAUUCUGUUCAACAUAGUAGUUUUCAGUCGCAUGGCGUUGUUCAGGCACAAACCAUGAACAAAAACAUUUGCCAGGAUCCGAAUUCUUAUAAUUGUACACAGCAGCCAGAUAAUAAUGUUACAAAGGAGACUGGGAAACCAAUUGUGCGUCAAAUAUCCCACUAUGAUAAUUUAAAUAAAUUAGAUGUUGACGGUGAACCUCCGCCAUUACCACUGAAACACACAAUCAAUACGUACCUGAAUGUGUUCAAAGGUUAUACUGAACCGGCUACUGAACAGAUCCAAAUUAGCCAGAAGAGAACAUACACAACAGAGAUGGAAGCUCACUAUAUUGAGUAUUUUGCACCAUCACCACCACCGAUACCGCCUAAAAAAAGAGAUUCACAGGAAAUUGGACGAUUGAGACCAAAAACGUCUCCUGAAAAAACAACAUACUGGGAGGCAGGCAAUUCAGAUCACAAAUCUCAUAGUAUGAUUGAAACUGGUGCAUGUGCUAAUUUACCAGCUAUCUCUUCGCAUCAAUUCAAUAAAGAGAAUACAGCGCUAAGUGGCAGUGAUGCAGACAGAAAUGAAAGUAAAUCGGAUACAGAAGAGAAAACCUUGGAUCUGUUGGAUGUUAGACAUCUAUUGAUUCCAAAGAAACCAACAGAAGAUGGUCCAGAUGUACGUGGUGGUUCGGUGGAAGCUCUUAUUGUACAUGCUGCUGGUGCAGGAAAAGAUUUUGUGUUCAGAGAAGCCUUUUUAACGACUUACAGGACUUUUAUUAGUCCCGAAGAACUCAUCAACAAGUUACUUUAUAGAUAUCCUUUCCAGUCUUAG